UUUGCAGGUACAGACAGCUCUCACCUGUCAGAGUUUCUGAGAGCUGCAGCUCUGCUCAGAGAACAGUUCAGAUUCGCUCACACUGCUGAUCUGAAGCUGGGAGACAAGUAUGGAGUUACCUCAGAGUGUGUGCUCCUCUUCCGUCCCCCCAGGUUAAUCACCACCUUUGAGGAUAGUGUUGUUGUGUUCAGAGAUCACCUGACCAUCGGCUCGCUGAGACGCUUCAUCAGAGAUCACAUUAAUGGUCUGUGUCCUCACAUGACGAUGGAGAACAGAGAUCGUCUGAGAGUUCGAGAUCUUCUGACGGCGUUCUACGACCUCGACUAUCAUCACAACAUCCGGGGCUCCAACUACUGGAGGAACAGGGUGAUGAAGGUGGCGUCUAAGUUUUCUGGGCGGGGCUUGGCGUUUUCGGUAGCCAAUAAGAAAGAUUUCCUGUCUGAGCUGGAGGAAGACUUCGGCCUCGGGACGUCCGACGGAGGAGAGCUUCCCUUCGUCACGAUCCGGACCAAACUGGGCCAGAAGUACACCAUGAGGGAGGAGUUCACGAGGGAUGGUCAGUCCUUGGAGAGGUUUCUAGAAGAUUACUUUGCAGGUCGACUCAAACGUUACAUAAAGUCUGAAGCGAUACCGGAGAGAAACGCUGCUGCUGUCAAGGUCGUGGUCGCCGAGUCUUUUGACGAAGUCGUCAACAAUCCGAAGAAAGACGUUCUGAUCCAGUUCUACUCUCGGUCCUGUCCACACUGCAAGAAACUGGAGCCGGUCUACAGGGAGCUGGCUGAAACGCUGAUCUCUGAUCCAAACAUCGUCAUCGCCAAGAUGAACGCCGCUGAUAACGACAUCCCACUGGGAUACGACGUCCAGGGGUACCCCACCAUUUAUUUUGCUCCGGCCAGAAGAAAGGACGAGCCAAUCAGAUACGAGGGUGGGCGGGAGCUGAAGGACUUCCUGAAGUUCCUGCAGAGCGAGGAGAGUUUCAGUCUGGCGAGCGGCGCAGCGAAGGACGAACUCUGACCCCUCUUCAUAGACCAAUCAGAUUCCCCCCCCGUUAUGAUGUCACCAGUCUGCCUGCUGAGUCUCUUUAUUUAUUCAGUUAUUAGGAGCCAUGUUGGGUUAGAUCAUUCUCUCCUCAUACUCUGCUAUCGUUCUUUCAAACAGCCCAAAUAUCUCUUCAGCAGUAUUCUGUCACUGCCUGAUACACACAGUCUAUGAGCUAACGUUAGUAUCAAACAUAGCUAAAACGGUUUUGAAAUGACUUCUGCUGCUAGCUACAAGUUAGCAAUCAAACACAACAAAGACUGUCACUGGAAUGGUGUUCUGAGCUAACGUUAGCAUCAA